GUACGAGGGUGUGGCUAGGAUCAGCGGGGAGGAUCGCUCGGACAAUCCCACGCUCGGAGAGUUGAAGAAGAUCGGCCCCAAAAAAACGAUGCUUGGUUAUUUCCAGGAUGGAUUCGUUUUCGCGAACUUGCACGAUCGUCGUUUCGACGAUAGUUAUUGCGAGACGAAAGUAAACGAGAGGAAGAACAGUUCGACGUUGGAGAGAUUCCACCUGCAAAUCUCGAGGAUAGAACUGUAUCCGGAGAGGUCGAAGUACGUGGACCAAUUGUUGCACGAAAUCGCGACGAGGCCUAUAGUUCACGUCGUUCAAAAAGAGGGCGGUACCCAGCUGAAGCUGCAGAUAAAUUAUUCCAACAUGCAGGCGCUGUUCAAACCCAUGAGGUUUCCAAGGGAACAACAAACUCUGCCCAAUCACUUCUACUUCACCGAUUUCGAGAGGCACACGGCCGAGAUCGCCGCUUUUCAUCUGGACAGGCUGCUUGGAUUCAGGAGGGCGAUGCCGGUUACAGGGAGAACGUUGAACCUAACGACAGAGAUUUAUCAGAUCGCCGACGGCGAACUGCUGAAGACGUUCUUCGUCAGCCCCGCCGGUAAUAUCUGCUUCCACGGCAAGUGCAGUUAUUACUGCGAUACGGCGCACGCGAUUUGCGGAAAUCCGGACACCCUUGAAGGCAGUUUCGCCGCUUUCUUGCCGGAUAAAUCUUUCGUCGCGAGGAAGGCAUGGAGACACCCCUGGCGGAGGAGUUAUCACAAGAGGAAGAAGGCCCAGUGGGAGCAUGAUUCGGAUUACUGUUCCCUCGUGAAAGAGAUCCCGCCCUAUCACGAGGGUAGAAGAUUGCUGGAUCUAAUGGACAUGGCUGUCUUAGACUUCCUCAUGGGGAACAUGGAUAGACACCAUUACGAGACGUUCAAGAUUUUCGGCAACAACACGUUUCCCCUGCACUUGGAUCACGGAAGAGGAUUUGGCAGACCCUUCCACGACGAGAUCUCCAUCCUGGCCCCCAUCUUACAGUGUUGCAUGAUCAGGCAAACAACUCUAAGCACCCUUCUAAAAUUUCACAACGGACCAGUCCCUCUGAGCGAGGCAUUGCGAAAAAGCAUGGCAUCCGGUGGCCCCCGUUCUGUGGGAACCCCAUCUGGCGGCCAUCGACAGGAGGGUGCGCGUGAUUCUUCAAGCGAUCAGAGACUGCGUGAAUCGAGAGGAUUCGAGUCAAAUCGUCCACGAGAAAACGGAGGAUACCGGAUCCUAGCCGUUUCUUUCGAUUUCCUAGUGUGAAUUAAGAGAUUCUGAUCGUUG